AGCAGCCACGCUAUCUUCAAUAAACGCUAUUCCAUUGCUGGCACCUACUGAGUCUGUUGUUGUUACCCGCGCUACAGCAGUGGCGACGAGGAUGGGAUUUCAUGUGAGCGUGGUCUGCGACUGACAGGAUCAAAUGAUGGCAUCUCGCCCACCGGUUUUCGACGAGACGGUGAGCAGCUGGAGCACGUACAGGAUACGGCUGGAAGCUUAUUUUGAAGGCAAUGGAAUUACUGACGCGGCCAAACGCCGAGCUCUGCUGGUGUCUUCAUUGAGCGAUAAUGUCGUGCGCAUGUUGCAAGGGCGCCUUUCAACCGUGUCGGUUAACAGCCAGACCUACGAUGAAGUCGUUGAAUACCUCGAGGAACACUACAAUCCUCAAGUUAAUGAAAUUGCGGCGAGUUUUUCAUUCUUCAUGCGUAAGCAAAGGGAUGGAGAGAGCGUUCGGGAAUACAUUGCCGACCUUCGGAGACUGGCGGAAAGUUGCAACUUCGGCAACUCGCUGCACCGUAUGCUGCGAGACCGCAUAGUAUGCGGAAUCAGGGACGACGACGCACGACGCUGCCUAUUAACACGGAAGAAGCUAACUUUUGAGGAGGCAGAAGAAUUUGCUAAAGCUUCAGAGAAGGCGCUAGGCGACGAUCGUGACAUGCGAGAAGCAGACCCAGUGACCACGGGAACCAGCAUCAAUGUUGUACAGUCGCAGCGAGGACGACGACCCUGGACGAAGUGGAACACUGCAAAGAACAACCAUUCAUGUGAGCGUUGUGGCGGUCCCCACGCGACACACACGUGCCGCCAUCGAAACACCAAGUGUCACCAUUGCGGCAGGAAAGGUCAUCUGGCAAAGGUUUGCAGCAGUGGCCGCUCUCGGGAACGUGGUGCCUUUGCCGUCGAGGAAAUGGAAGGUGAGAGCGGAGAAGAAAUGUUGCUGGCUCUUGUCGCUCACAGCUCCGCCGACAGAGCUACGUUGAAGCCUCUCGAGGAGGAGUUGACAUGGCAGGGCCGGAAAUUGCGAAUGAUUCUAGACACGGGUUCUCCGGUCAGCGUCAUACCGAAGAACAUAUUUAAGAAACAUCGCAGAUGGUGGCCGUCACUGCAAAAAACAUCGCUGCGCUUGACAUGCUUCCUCGGGCCAUUGCCAGUUGUCGGCCAGAUAACCAUGAGGGUUCAGUCUGGAUCGACGGUUGUGACCAGCACGCUAAUCGUGGUGGCAUGUAACGGACCACUGCUCUGCGGCCGGAACACGAUAGAGUCCUUCCGUAAGGCGGGUGUGUCCUUCUGGGACACUGGAACCACCUCGAGUGUAAAUGUUGUUCGUGAUAACAGGAUGGCGCCUCUGCUCGAUGAAUUUUCCGAUCUUUUCGAGAACAAGCUUGGCUGUUGCAAGGGCCCCCCUGUUCAAUUACACCUUAAAGAAGGAGUCCGCCCACGUUUCUGUAAGGCACGUACAGUGCCUUAUGCCAUGCGCUCCAAGGUUUCAGCCGAGAUCGACCGUCUUGUACAAGACGGAGUGCUUUCGUCGAUAAGCAUUUCAGAUUGGGCAACACCGGUGGUGCCGGUAGCAAAAAAGAACGGCGAUAUACGAUUGUGCGGCGAUUUCAAAUUGACAGUCAACCCGGCGUCGCACUUGGAACAGUAUCCCCUGCCCAAAGUUGAAGACAUAUUUGCGGCGCUUUCUGGAGGCGAAGUCUUCAGCACUCUGGACCUGCGCAACGCGUACAAUCAGCUGCCGCUGGACGACGAAGCUAGAAAGAUCGCGGUACUCAACACACACCGGGGCCUUUACUGCUACAAUCGCCUAGCAUUUGGAAUUGCUUCAGCCCCCGCCUUGUUCCAGCGACGCAUGGAAUCGAUUUUGCAAGGUUUGCCGAAUGUUCAAGUGUACCUCGACGACAUCAUUGUGGCGGAGAAGGAAUACGACACAUCUGUACUGCGGCAGGUGUUUCAGCGGCUUCGUGAACACAACUUGAAGUUGAACAAAGCCAAGUGCCGGUUUAAGGAACCACAAGUGUCGUUUCUGGGGCACCACAUCGAUGCCAAAGGUUUGCAUCCUCUGCAAGAUAACCUCGAGGCGGUACUGACCGCGCCGAAGCCAACAUCGCAGUUGGCACACAGCACGAGCGAGGACAUGCUUCUCCGACAGGUGAAGACGUGGAUUCUUCGUGGUUGGCCAAACCAGCUGGGGCCGGAACAACAGUGCCUUCAGCCGUACUUCACCCGCAGAUCAACACCGACUCGAGAUGGCAAGUCGCCUGCCGAGAUGUUGCUGGGUUUUCAACCCAGGACCCGCCUAAGCGCACAUUUUCCAGAGGAAGAGGUGGCACGGGAUCCCACGGUGAGCAGACCCCCGGCACCGUUGUCACAAGUCUUUUCACCGGGAGCGCCUGUUUGGUCACGGCAGUAUAAUCACGCUGGCCAGAGAUGGUUACCCGGCACGGUGACGUCAACAAGAGGUAGGCGUAUGGUCACAGUGGACACCACAGGAGGGGUGCAGCGCCGUCACGUGGACCAAGUGCGGCCACGACUAGCUGCGGAUGACGUAAAGCAAGAAUUCGACGCAACACGGCCCGGAGACAACCAAGUCACAGAGAGUGAUCAACCCUCUGCAGUGGACGACGCUGAACCAUCUUCAGACGGAUCACUUGGUACACCCCAGACUUCCAGUGAAGUAACCUCCAGUGUACCGGCGGGCUUAGGACUUCCUAGGCGUUCUACGCACACAAGGAGGCCUCCCGACAGGCUAGGCUUCUAA